AUGAGUGCCAUUACCAUUUAUUGUCACCUGUCAGGUCGCCCUCCAGCUCCAGUGAUACUGGAGGAUGAAACACAAGGUCGCUAUGGUCGUUUUCACACCUUGGUAUGGUCUCCAUACUCGGAAACAGAAAGCGAUAACUCCCAGCUGACUGAUAUUCCUAUAUCACGAUACCUCAUCCAAUAUCAACGACAAGAUGUAGAGAAAAUCUCAAACUCGCGGGAACUCGAUGAAAUCAAUGAAGUGUCUGUGAGAUGGCCCGACGAGGCCCUUUCAGCAGCACCGGGCAGACACGGGUCGUUUGUCCUGGAGAACCUGAUUGAGAAUAGCUCCUACGUGGGUCUGCUUUGUCCUGGGAACGACUACGGUCUGGGAGAUUGUACCCCUUUCACUUUCACGACGUCAGACGUUGUAGAAAAACGUCCACCGGAACCUAUUUCUGAAAUUGAAUGCGUUGGUGCAGGUCCAUGUAAGGGGGUGUGGCUUCCGAAUACGGCUGCUGUGAGAGAUUCACAUGUUACCAUGGUUACAAUAUCAACAGGCUUCAUAGUUUGGUUAUUGAUGACAUCAUUAUGAUCACAGUGAACUAUUAUAGUUUAUUCAUUAAUUAAUUUAUUUAUUGACGUGUCUAUCUCUGUUAAUUCAUGUAUUUAUUUAUU